GGACUUGCAUCAUCACCAGCGGGCAGCAGGAGGCUUUAGUGUCAACCUGGCGACGAUAGGGAGAGGGUGUGUAUAUCAUUGCGGUGCUCCCGUGGUCACUUGGAUACCUUGGGUGCUCAACAAAUGUGACUCUUUGACUCGAGACGAAACGCAUCGCAAAUCGACCUCGUAUCAACAAGGGUGAGGCAGCAUGAGGGAAGGAGGGCCUGGGCACAGCAUGUGACGGGAGACGCCCUGCUACAGCUGUGUGGUGGAGGCGGCGGCGGAGGCGAUGGUGGUGGCGGCGGUGGUAGUGAAUGAAAUAAAAAGGGGAUUAAUGUAAGAACGAAAGUAGAUAAAUGAAUAAUGUAUGUUGGCUCUAUUAUGACUAUGAUGUAUAUAUGAAACGAAAAGAAAAAGUUAAUGAAAGGAACAGGAUCUGCUAAAAUACGAAGAUUAUUAAGAAAAAUGUGACUUACGUGGCCAACGUAAGUGUCUAUGAUUAUAAGGUAUACCAACAUAAAUAACAGGAAAUAUAAUUACACAGCUGAAGAUGUGACUGUUAUAUUGAGCGAAUGUUACUAAGAUAAUGUAAAAGGAAAACCAAACAAAUACUGGAUUUACAAAGAUGCAGACUACCUAAGAUCCUGAAAUUACAUCAUCCAGAUAUUACUUAAGAUUAUGUGACUUCUGUGGCACCACUAUUAAUUACUAACUGAAAACGGGAAUAACCAGCAACCAACUAGUCAAACCAACCAGCCAUCUACCAAACACUGAAGAAAAUAAGAAAACAAAGGAUACGUGACUUUUAUGGUGUCAGUAAUUCCCUGUAACAAAAAGAAAAAAAAGUGAUACUAGUAACCACCUAAACCAUAUCCAUAUACACGAAUAACUAUAUAGAGAAUAUUAAAGAACAAAAUGUGACUUAACUGGUACCAAUAUCAACCAUUGAUUGGAAGCGUAGAGCAAUUACCAACCACAAACCAAACUUCCAUUCACUGAAAAAGGGGAAAAAAAAAAAAAAUACUAUUAAAAAAUGUAAGUUGGGUGCCAAUACCAAACUGCAAUAGAAAACGUAGAACAAAAUCAACCACACAGCACACCUCCAUACAAGAACACAAAAAAUAACAGAAAAACAAAAAAAAUGUAAGUGCCAAUACCAAGCAACAACAUAAAACGCCGGCCAGUAACCAACCACCCGAGCCUCAGUCAGUUAGCCAGCAAGAACCGUUACCCAGAUUCAAAAAGCACAGCAGAUAAGUCAAACAAGCGUGGUGAUGACACACGAGUGGAUACAGAAUAGUGGCGUUGUCUCUGGUGGUGCAUGAGAACGGAUGAACUGAGCCUCAACACCGCCACCUAAACCAGCUGGACCUGUGUUGUGGCGGUGUGGUGGGGUGUCAAGUGUGUGGUGGUGGUGGUGGUGAAGUGUAGUUGCGGGCGGAUCUCAUAACUCACCACCACGUUUCAUCAUUAUCAUCUUCUUUCAUCACUCUUCUUCUUCGAGCUCCAGCGGACGAAAGUUGGAGGUUCGCCUUUCAAGACAGAGAAAGAGAGAGACGAAGAGAGAAGGAGGCUCACCAGGUACACGGCACUGCUUAAUUAACAGGCGCCACACAGGGACCUGGACCGGCUGCGGGGGCUGUCUCCCCUCUCCCAGAACUGGCGCCGCACCCCCGGGAUGAACCCUCGCACCCCACUUGUGCUCUCCCCCAGGGGAGGGGGGAGCAUCAGUAGUGCCAGUCACACCAGCACCAACACCGCCCUAACCCCAAAGGCCUCCCACAAGUCUGUCAGGGAGCCUGCCACACCCACCACUCCCUCCCGGCCCAGGCUCCUGCGUUCUGCAUCCCGGCCGGCCAGAGUCCUCGUUCCCUCUGCUGCCAAUCCUGCCCCUGCUACUGCUGCUGUCGUCACCCCGCGGAAAGGCUCAGCUCCCAGCAAGCUAAUCAGCAAUAACCAGGGAGGGAGUCUUGAGAACCUUCCCAACACUGUAUCCACUCGGAGGAAAACUUCAGCUCCAGCCAAGUCAGCAGUGCCCAAUACCAAUGCCAGGAAGAACUCAGCCGUGAUCCCCGCCCGUCCCCGCAAAUCCUCAGCACCAACCAUCAGUACUCGGAUGUCCAAGGACCACGGCGGUGCGGGCAGCCACCACCAAGGGUCCAAGGGCUCCUCCGCCUCUGCUGCCGGUGUCCCAGGGGAAAAGGGCACCGGCAAGAAGGGCGCCGCGGGGCAGGACAUGCAACCCCUGCCCACGCUGAAGGAGGAGAAGAAAACACAAUCCACAUCCAAAGGGAAGAAGAUGGAUGCUAAGGGGAAGGAGAACGCCGCCCCGCCAGCCUCCAAGGGGCCUGAGGCUGCUCCCGCUGCUGCCCCAGCCCCAGUUCCAGUCCCCGCCCCCGUUCCCGCCCCCGCCACAUUCCCGGAGAAGGCCCAUCUGGAGAAGACCAUCUCGGACCUGGUGAGGAAUUCCGAGUCUAAGAAGCAGGAGAUUGCAGCGCUUAAGAUGGAGAUCAACAGACUCAAGGAGUCAGCCCGGGAACGCGACAGCCCCGCCGACGACGAGUGUUCCAGGUGUAGCAAAUGUGGCGCCCCCUCCGACACGCCCACCGCGUCGCACGGUGCCGGCAAGACAACGACGCCCUCCCCCACCCUCGCAGCCCCCUCCCCCGGCCUGUCCCCCGAUGUGAAGGCCUCGCUCAAUUCACUCACCUUGGAAAACAAACUCCUGAAAGAUCGCCUCCUGCAGCUGGGCGUGUCCCUGGAGUCCUCGUCGCUGUCUGACCAGGAAAAGGAGUUGCUGCUGGGCAAGGUGUGCUCCGUGUCCCAGAAUGGCGGUGAGGGUGAAGACCCAUCCUCCUGUGCAGACCGGGGGGAAUGGGACAACAAAUCAACCUCCAGCGUGUCCGAGGUCUCCGUGGCGUGUCUCCAGGACCGCAUACAACAGAUGGAGGAGACCCACUACUGCACCAAUGAGGAGCUCCAGGCCACACUGCAGGAGCUGGAGGAUCUGCGGGAGCAGCUCACCGAGUGUACUGUGGAGGUGCAACAGCUCCAGGAAGAGAAGCAGGUCAUCUUGGAGUCCCUCACGCAACAGACAGAGAAGCUAGCAGAAGCACGCUCUCAGAAUGACACCCUCAAGCACAUGGUGAUCCAGCAGUCUGAGAACAGUCAAGAUCUAUCCCAGUGUGAGAAAACCCAGCGCCUCAUGGAGCUGCUCAAGAGUGCCCAGGAGGACCGAGAACUGCUGCAGAUCAAGCAGGAUGAGCUGGAGCAGCAGAUGACCACCACCAAGGAGGCUGAGGAGCGCUUCCACCGGGAGACACAGCUCAUCAGAGACAGGAUGAAGUUACUGGAGGAGAUGGUGGAGGCAGCAAACAGUGAAAAGAAGACUGCAGAGAACCAGCUAGCAGAGGCCCAGGAGAGCUGUAAGGCCAUGGAGAUUGAGUCCACACGGCUCAAGACGGCACUAGAGGCAGCCAAGGAGAAGAUAACUGAGCUCGAGGCUGCAGUAAUAUCAGGAGAGAAGAGCAAGUUGCCUGAUGUGCUGGAGAGGGUGAGGCAGGAGAAGGAUGCCCUGGAGAAGGAGAAUGCAGCCCUUCAACAACGGGCCAAUGCCACUGCCUGUGAGAACGAACGACUCCGAGACCAGAUUUCUGUGGUGCAGGACGAACUCAUGGUAAGCAGCAGACAAGUGGCACGCAACAAUGCCAGGAGCCAGCUGGAGGAUGCGGACUGGAAGAAGGAGCAGCUGGAAACUGAGAGAAUGCAGCUGCAUGAUGAGAUGGAGGUAUUGAAGGCUACUGUAGAAGAACUGAAGCUCACCUGCCAACGCCACCUGGAGGACAAGAGGGAGCUAAAGGCCAGUUUGUCUGAGGCUCAGAAGAAACUCCAAGAAAGUAAAGAGAGGCUUCAGGAGAAGGAUCGCUGCAUCAGUGAGGGCAAAGCUCAGCUCACUAAGAGGGUGGAAGAGUGGGAGCAGUUCCAGAAUGACCUGCUGACAACUGUCAAAGUGGCAAAUGACUUCAAGACAGAAGUACAGCAUGACCUUCAGAAGCUGGAGCAGGAGAACCAGGUGCUGAAGGAACGAAACAAGCAGCUCUCGGUUGAUUUGGAAAAGGCCAAGGCCGCGAAAGUGUGUGCUCCUGUAGGCAAUAGCAGCACCACCAGCCUGAACAAUGGUGGGAGUGACCGCCGCUCAGUGCGUGCCGUGCCCUCAGCCCUGCCUAAUGGUGACCCUAGCAUCCUCACUGACCGCCGCAACACUCGUCCCCUCGCCAGAGGAGACUCGAGGGUCAAGUCUCUUAUUGAGUCCAUAGAGAGUGCAACAAGGCAAACCCGCGCUGGUUCCCGUAGUUCAUCCACCUCCAGCCUCUGCAGUACAUCCAGUGAGGGGAACAUGAACAAUAAUAACAACAACAGCAAGACCAACACAUCCAUCUUGAAGCGUGCAGACACGGAGAGUAUGAUAAGAAGUGGUCCUUCCUCCCCACUGAAGGAUGCCAGGAACACUCUUGGCUCCCAGACUGUCUCUUCCCCACUUCGGGCCCUCCAGAGAAACUCUUUCUCAGAGGGCCUUGGCCAGUCCCAGUCUUCCUUCUCUAAAUCUACGGCUGGGACUUCUAACCUUUCUACCACUGUCAAGCUGGCAGACAAGACUACCACCAAAAUCAACAACAUGGGGCCACCUGGAGAGAACAGUGUAUCAAAACCUAUUUCCAUCUUGAGUAACAAAUUGGACCAUAGCAUGAGACGCAACAGUUAUGGGCAGAUUAGUGCUGUGGUGGACAAGAAAGAUCCAUUAGCUUCCCUAGCACAAAAUGGAGGCUCCAAGAGGAAUGGUCUAAUCAAAUGGUGUCAGAACAAGACGGUCGGCUACACCAAUGUUGACAUAACCAACUUCAGCUCGAGUUGGAAUGAUGGUCUUGCUCUUUGUGCCAUACUUGACACUUACCUUCCUGAGAAAAUCAGUUACAAGUCCCUCUCACCACAGAACAAGAGGGAGAACUUCCAGGUUGCAAUAUCAGCAGCAGAGUCUGUGGGUAUAACUAAUCUGCUGGAUGUCAACGACAUGAUAACAUCAGAACGACCUAACUGGCAGACGGUCUACAAUUAUGUCAUUUCAAUAUACUGUCACUUUGAAACCUGAACCCUUCAUGUGAAGUCUUGUACAUGCCGAGCCUCUGCUUGCCCCAGCAGGCCCACUGGGCUUGUCCUGUAAGGUGCCUUGCCACCUCCAGGAGUGUGUUGUCUCCUCCCAUAGAGCAGCCUAGCUAAUCUGUCGCAACACAUUGAUGCGGCCUUUUUAAACAUGACAUUAGAUCAUAUUUUUGUACACUCAUUGCAUGUAGGGAAGAUUAAGUAUAUAUGAUUAUCACUUAGUUAUUGUGAAGUGCCUUUUUUAAGAGAAAUAUACUUAGGUUUCUUCAUUUUUAUCUCUACUUUUGUUGUGUGGUUUCUUUCUAUUAAAUGUAAGAGCUGUGUUUUCUGUGUACCAGAACUUGAUGACUGCGUUCCCUUUCUAAGAACCAUAUUUAUAUAUGAAUAAGGAAUGAAUCUGUCUAGUCUGAUUUACUUUUUUUUUUUUUAUUAUUUAUUUAUUUUUUUAUUAUUAUUAUUAUUAUUUUUUUUUUUUUUCUCUCUCCAUGGAAAAGACAAGUAUAAAAUCUUGCUGUUCUUACCUGGCUGUGUGAUGACCAGAGAUGUUUAUAGUCUAAGUUUCUCCAGUACAAAGAGGAACACAUACUGGCGACGUGUCUCUGAUCCUCUGCCAGGCGGGAGGGGGGAGGGAGGGAUGGUGGUGGUGGUGCUGGUGAUGGUGGUGGUGGUUGGUGGUGGUGCUCCAGGAAGGUACUGUCAAGAAAGUAGCUGUGAUAACUUCUCAACAACUUCCAGUUUUAAUUACUCAUUGCCCAUUGCUUAUUAGUGUGCCUGCCUGCCCGCCAGUGUGCCAGCAGGUAAAACUCUGGCUUCAGUUGGCUGGGUACUAACUGAGCUGUGAGGGUUACAGUGCUGGGGGCCUACAGUGGUAUAUACCAACAUUAUUAUGCAUGAAACAGGAUGAUUCCUCAAUCUUGUCAACUAGCCUUUGAGGCCACCAAUUAGCUUUGUUUUCUAAUAUAACAUGAAUUUCACAUGCGUGAAUACCUGUAAUCAAGCUGUGCCUUACCUAUUUAUCAAGAAAUCUGCUUAUAAAAAUGAACUGUAAACAUAAAAAUGCAUGCUUCCAUUAAGUCAGGAGAGGUGGGUGUCUGGGUGCACCACACCAAGGGUGGCUCCAAGUGGUCGUGCUGUAGGGAGCAUCACAUCCACAGAGUUCUGUAUAAAGUGUUCAGCUUUUUAUCCUUUACUGUCUUGAGGUCUUGUAUCAUUAUAUUGUACAAAGUUUUGUAAUCACAGUUCAGUGGACCUGUUGCAGUGGCUUUGUAUUUUUGCUUGUAAAUAGUUAAAUAUUUAGGAUUAUGGUGAUUACAUUAUGCAGUACAUAUAGUGCAACAGUGCAUGUAUGCUUGCAAGUUCCUAUAGCACACAUGGAUGCAGUAUUAUAAUAAACACUGAAGCUUAA